UGUCGGCUUGCAGCCGCCAGCUUUUCGGUGUUUCGAGAGGGAGAGCGUGGGCUCCGGCGAGUUCUACGUGCCAGCUCCUAAGGUUCUUGCUUUUCCAAAUCAAGAAGACAGUGCACGAAACCAGGGGACAUCAGCUAUGCUCCAAACAACUUGGCCUCAGGAGCCCGUGACCUUCGAGGAUGUGGCCGUGUACUUCACCCGGAAUCAGUGGGCCAUCCUGGACCUUGCGCAGAGGGCCUUGUACCGGGAGGUGAUGCUGGAGAAUUAUACCAACGUGGCUUCCCUGGUAGCAUUUCCAUUCCCCAAACCCCCUCUGGUCUCCCGGCUGGAGAGAGGGGACGCGGCAUGGGGCCCGGACCCCUGGCAAGCGGAGGUUCUGAGAGGCCUCCGUCCAGGCGGUGCGUCCUGGAUGGAGACCGAGGAGCCGGCCGGGAAGCGGGAAGGCGCCGCAGAGGCCGAGGCUGGAGGACAUCUCACAAACGUUCCCCAGCACUUUGACUUUAAAAGCGAGGCGACAUGGCACACGUUCAGCCUGAACCCGAAUCUGAUCCUUCGUGGGGGAAUGAAGUUCUACGAGUGCAAAGAGUGUGGGAAGAUCUUCAGGUACAACUCGAAGCUGAUUCGGCACCAGAUGAGUCACAGCGGCGAGAAGCCCUUCAAAUGUAAGGCGUGCGGCAAAGCCUUCAAGUCGAGCUACGACUGCAUCGUGCACGAGAAGAAUCACACCGGAGAGGGGCCCUACGAAUGCAAGCAGUGCGGCAAGGGCCUGAGUUCCAACACGGCCCUGACGCAGCACCAGAGGAUCCACACGGGCGAGAAGCCGUUCGCGUGUCAGGAGUGCGGGAAGGCCUUCCGCCGGAGCGCCGCGCACCUGCAGCACCGGCGGCUGCACACGGGCGAGAAGCUGUACCGCUGCCGGGAGUGCUGCAAGGCCUUCGGCUGCAGGUCGCUCUUCCUCGUGCACCAGCGGACUCACACCGGGGAGAAGCCCUUCCGGUGUCAGCAGUGCGGCAAGGCGUUCACGCAGAAGGUCGCCUCCAUCCAGCACCAGCGGGUGCACACCGGGGAGAAGCCCUAUGAGUGCAAGGUGUGCGGGAAGGCCUUCAAAUGGUACGGCAGCUUUGUUCAGCACCAGAAACUGCACCCUGUGGAGAAGAAGCCCCUCGAGGUUUUUGGGCACCCCCCGAAGGGUCCCCAGGGCCCCGCUCCGGCCCUACCGGCUGUUCCUGUCCAGGGCCCGUGCUCGGCCCCAGCCGUGGCCGUGCCUUCGCUGACCUUUCCGCACGCCGUGCUCCUUCCUACCCCCGGGCCUUUGUUCAUGCUGCUGCCCGCAUCUGGAAUGCCUUCUUCACCUGUCCAAAUAAUGCUGCGGCAAGCUCCGAGUGUCAUCGGAGGAGCCUUUGAGUAA